CGGCCAAGGGCGGAGGUCGCCGACGACCCCUCCUGAGGCGAGGUGGGCGAAGGCCUCCCCUCUCCCUGAGGGGCGAAACCACCGUCUGACAGGAGAACCUCUCCUCCAUUUUUUCUCCUCUCAUUUUGCCUCCCCCUUCUCCACACUUUUGGCGGGGGCCCGAAGCAGCGGUUCCCCCCCCCCGCGUCCUUUCCUAUUCCCCUCCCCUCUCCAUUUUCCUUUCUCUGACGGAGAGGAAGGGGCAGGCGGCCGGGCGGCGGCGGCGGCCAACGCGCAUGCUCGGCGCCGGCGCCAUUUUGGAAGGGCCGGGAGAUUAACCCGCGGGAGCAGCGGUGGCGGCGGCGGGUGGAGGAGCUCGGCCCGGCUCGGCGGCGGCGGCAGCGGCCUGGGGUUGGGCGGGUCGUCGGACCCCUCCGAGGACAUGGCCAACAUCGCGGUGCAGAGGAUCAAGCGGGAGUUCAAGGAGGUGCUGAAGAGCGAGGAGACAAGCAAAAAUCAAAUUAAAGUAGAUCUUGUAGAUGAAAAUUUUACAGAACUAAGAGGAGAAAUAGCAGGACCUCCGGACACACCAUAUGAAGGAGGAAGAUAUCAACUAGAAAUAAAAAUUCCAGAAACGUAUCCAUUUAAUCCCCCAAAGGUGCGGUUUAUCACAAAAAUAUGGCAUCCUAAUAUUAGCUCAGUCACUGGGGCUAUUUGCUUGGAUAUCCUAAAAGAUCAAUGGGCUGCAGCAAUGACUCUUAGGACAGUGUUGUUAUCACUGCAAGCACUCUUGGCAGCUGCGGAACCUGAUGACCCCCAGGAUGCAGUAGUGGCAAAUCAGUACAAACAAAAUCCAGAAAUGUUUAAACAGACAGCUCGACUUUGGGCACACGUGUAUGCUGGAGCACCAGUUUCUAGUCCAGAAUACACCAAAAAGAUAGAAAACCUUUGUGCUAUGGGCUUUGAUAGGAAUGCAGUAAUAGUGGCCUUGUCAUCAAAAUCAUGGGAUGUAGAGACAGCAACAGAACUACUUCUGAGUAACUGAGCCAUGUGCAGAGAACUGCUUCUGUAGCCCAGCUUGCCCUUUCUUGAGGAGCCUCACCAUCUCUUAUUUUUAGGUUUCUAUAUAGAUUCUCUUUCAAAACUGGCAUUCUUGCCUGAUGCUAUCUAGGCAUUAUUGGAGACUGAAAAAAAAGGAAAAAAAAACCUGCUCUGUAAAUAAAGCUAAUUAAACGUCUGUGUAAAUUUAAAAAAAGGGGGAAAUACUUUAAUUUUUUCUUACUAAAUAUUGUAAAUUCCUUGAGCUUGGCUAAAACAAUGGGGGACAACAUGCCUAUUUUAGUCUUAGCAGUGUGACCCAAGACUAGAAGGAAUUUGCAUCAGGAUUUUGACUUUUAAGAAUUUAUUCAGAACACAUCUGAUUGUGUCCAUAAUCAUCAGUCAUUGAUGUCACUCAUCCCAGCUACCUUACCUAUGUUUUUUUAACAUGGAUCCUACGUGCCUGUGGACCUUAUAUUUGCAUGCUUGUACUUUACAUAGACACUUUUAAAGAAAAAAAAGUAGGGUAAACUGAACAGAGCACUGUUUGAAGUACUUGAGUAUUCAUUCUUGUAACUUUUUCCUAAGACUUUCCAAAUGUGCUCAUAGAUCAAAAUGACAGCCUACUCGGAAAUGUUUUCACCUCUUAAGGAGUAGCAAUCUUCCAUUUCUUCUUUACCUCCCUCUCCCCUCCCCCCAACUGCACAUGCAACUAAAAUAACACACUAGAACCUCCAGAAUUUGUGGGUAUGUGCCAUUUAAAGUAGCCUAGUUUCCCACUUCCAAGUGGUCUAUUUUGAAUAACCAGUAAAAGUGUUUCAACCAUUGUAAUUUCUACACAAUUGUAUAAAAGGUUUGGUAUAUCUAUCUGGACAUAGCACAAGCAAGUGGAGCUGCUUUUUUGUUUCUUAUGCAGAAAUCAAACCUCUUUCAAUAAAUUCUGGAUAGAAUGAAUUUGCCGAGAAGAAUUGGUUCUCUGUUAGCACUGAGAAUGCCACCUCUUUUCUCUAGUAUUUGCUGUGAUGCAAUCAGUUUGGGGGCAAAAGCUUCCUAGUUUUUACUUUGGACAUUGUUUUAGGUAGGGGUUGCUUGUAAACCUCUAAAAGUCCCUCUUGUGCACAUUUCCCCCAGUUGACACUUGAAAGCCUUGGAUUGUUGUUUUUUUUUACUGUAAAUAUAUUGAAUGUGAGUAGAAGUACCUGCUAAAACAAAUGUACAUACAGUCAUACUUUCUAUUCAUUCAGAGAGAUCUAAAAUCUCCAAAUCAUUAGUUUUUAUACCUUUGUUGCGAGUUGUAAUAUCAUUACAGAACUGCAUCAGGAAUUGCUUUUCAGCAAAAUGCAGAGUUGCAGUGUCAACGUAGAAUUCUGCAAGGUUAUUUUCCCAUUCCUGCCCCCAACUCUUCUGUACUGUAGAUAGGAAAGUUUAAAUUGGUCCAUUUUUUAAUUGAAGAAGCUGCAUCACCACUUUUGCUAAUCAGCCAUGUUGCAUAACUGUUAAGCAUCUAAUGUGAAGUAGAGAAAUGGAAGAGAUGAGAACCUAACUAAUGCAGAAUUAUUUUCUGCAGUACGUAUGUCUUAAGCUGCCUAUAGAUUCAAGUUACUAGGACACAGAAAAAUAAACUGUAGUUUGUAUCUGUGCAAUGCAGAACACUGUUGAUCUCUUCACAACCUAUUUAUGCAUUCAGUGAUUGUAUGGUUUUUCUUGCAGUCCUGUAAAUCACUUUCAGAUGCCAAAGGAAAUGUGAUUUUUGUUUUUUCCUUGAUAUAUAUUUAUUUUUUUUAACAAGUUGCUGCUGCUCAACAAAGUUUUUGUUAAAUAGUAGCCAGGGCCAGCAGAACCCUGGCAAUCUGCCAUUUGUGUUUGUAAUUUUUUUUUUUAAUGGUCUAUAUUUUGACGAGUUCAUCUACAGCUUUGUUUUACCCUGGUGGUAAUUGUGUAAAAAUGGCUGAUAGAUUACAUUUUCCCUUGUUCUUUGCAAAUUAUUAAAGGAAAGAUCGUGGAAGUGGUUAGAUGGAAUGAGAUGUCUUCUGCUUUUCCAUCUAGAUCAUAUUAAUCAUUCUAAGGAAGCUUUCUGUGAUUGUGUUAAAUGAGUAGAAAAAGUUUGAACACAGGAGAAAAAGCUUACGCUAAACAUAAUAGCUAGGACUCUUCCCCUUGGCUAUAUGAAACUCUUGGUGUUGGUGGAAGGAUUCAUAUAGGUGCUAGGUUUCCCCUUCAUGGUUCUAGUGUAAUGACAGUAGUUUUGUCACUGCACCCAAGAGGAAGUUUUCUCAAGAAUUGAGCAAGAAUCCUUAACUUACGUUGAUGCUAGCUGGGACUCAGUUUCUAAAGGUAUGUGUGCACGGCUUGGUAGGCCGUUGAGCUGAGUAAAUGCACACUGCUACCCAGCUCAAUCUUAAUUUGCUGGUCUUUUAAUUAUUCAGCAUAUCAUUUUUCACUUCUCAUUACUCUAAAAAUAAUAGGCAGCCUUGCAGUUAUUGUGAGCUGUGCCAGUUAUGGUGGAAGAAUUGCUGCACAGUUCACCUACGCCACACAAUGGAUGCUGAUCAUGCAAUAACCUGUUUCUGGGAACUUUUAAGCAACCCGUAGAUUUUUAACAAAUCUAGAGGGUUGGAACUGGUUUAUCUCUGUUGAGUACUGAGAUUAUAACCAUUGACUGCUCUUCCUAUGGAGGCAAGAGAGAAAGAGAUGCCCUUCCCAUUGCCAGGGGUCUCAACAAAUCAUUGUAAGUGCCAAAAACACUCCACACAACUAAUUGGGUUUUUAAAAAGCCAAGUCCAUGCUUUCGUUCCUAUACUGAGCUGCUAUUAGAAAGUGACAAAGUACAAAACAAUUUGUACUCCUGGUGACAUGUGCUGUAAAAAAAGGCGGCUAAGCAGCAUUUUACCUCAAGCAUUGGUUUUGGAACAUUUUGACCAGUCAGGUACUUCUAUAAAUGUAAUUAAAUGAUAUUUUAUGAUAUCUUUGGAGAGGAAUAUCCGAGGUCCAAGCCUCAGCAAUCUGUCUAAAAGGAGAAACUGGUUGAAAGCAACUUUGUCUUCAAAUAAACCAAAUGGUUGCAAAGUGAGUAAACUAUGCAAACUCAAACUUGUUCAACAGAAGAGUUAGACAUUGUGGAAUGUGCACCUUGCCUUCCCUGUUGUUUGCUUUCUUAUAUUUUACAACUUAAAUGAUGGCAAUGACACUGGGCUUUUAUUUUUUAAAUGUUUUGAUGGCUUUUGCAGUCAUUGUUUGGAUAAGAACCGUGCUCCCAUCACGGACAUUUUGAUAGGCUCAUAAAUGGUUACCACUGUCAGAUUUUGAGUUUUAUUGGGUAACCAAAUGCAUGAUGGCUGUCGAUUGCCAUAAUCCACGGGAGUUUUUCUGAGUGGGUUGGCAGUCUGGGAAGCUUAGCAGAGUUAACUGCAAAAAUCAUGGUCGAAGGGAGAAUGUCUCAAUCAAAGACUUUUCUAAACAAGGCUUAGUUGCAUGAAUAUAAGCAUAGGAAAAACAUUACAGUUGCAGAAGUAGCAGCCAUCGUGACUAGAGCUGCGGUAUUCACUCUGCUUUGACAUGCAAGCACAGCUACAUCCUUGUUAGACUAAUGCUUCCAAAGUGAUUUGGGGUUUUUCAAUACAUAACCCAACCUUCAGGUUUUUGGGUUUUUUAAGUGCCAUACUUAACCGGCCUACUCUUCUACUUGGAGCUAUUAAAUGCCCCUACCUGCUUUUUUGUUUUUGUUUUACUGUAAUAAACUCGUGACUCCAUUCCCUAAAGGAUGAAAGCUUGCAAGCUGUGUAUUGUAUGACAGUGCUUUCUGGUUAGUCCCUCUGCGAUGGGAAGAAUCUACUAGUUUGAAAUAACCAUUCAGAAUCAUGCCAACAAAACCCAACAGUACUAUAGGAGCCCAUUAAUAAAAUUUGCAAUGUGGUGCUUUACAUUGGUUUUUAGAGAGGGCCUCCCCUUUCAGAAAAGUGGUACUGUCAAAGAUCCUUGCUGACCUGUUGCCGUUUUCCAUUUCAAUUUAUGUUGUGGGGGUGGGAGGUUUUUUUGGUUUGGUUUUUCUUCCCAACCAAGAUGACAAAGGCCAUUUGUAGGAAGCUUUCAACUGGACAUUUCAUUGUGAGUGAGCGGGCUGCAAUGCAACGUUGGUGUUUGCGUCUCUUGAGAAUAAAAGCCACGCAACACUUUUGUAUGCCAUUUUUCUAAAAAAAAAAUAAUAAAUACACUUUUAAAAUGUUGAUUUCCACUGCAAAUGCUUAACAAUAAAUGCAUGUUUCCCUGAAAA